AGGAGGUACAGCUGCGGACGUUUGAGCUGUCAGCAAUAUUGCCAGCAUUUCAUGUUCAGCCAGCACUAUGAGAGGUGUCGUCCUAUUGAGUGGCUUUUCCCUGUUCUUUGCAUUUGGAUAUUGCAAUCAAGAUGCCAAACGUCUCUACGACGACCUUAUCAACAAUUAUAAUCGCCAUAAAAGACCAGCAAGUGGACCACACAAGCCAGCCACUAUCAAACUGCAACUGAGACUGAGUCAAAUCAUAGACGUGCAUGAGAUCAACCAAAUUAUGACCUGCUCAGUAUGGCUGAAGCAAGUAUGGAUGGACAAAAGGCUAUCUUGGGAUCCGAAGAAAUAUGGUGGAGUCGGUGUCCUUUACGUACCUUACGAGAUGAUUUGGGUCCCUGAUAUCGUACUCUACAAUAACGCUGAUAGUUAUUACAAUAUCACAAUAUCCACUAAGGCUACUUUGCAUUAUUCCGGCCAAGUUACUUGGGAACCUCCUGCCAUUUUCAAAAGCUUGUGUCAAAUCGACGUGCGAUGGUUCCCGUUCGAUGAACAGGAGUGUUAUCUGAAGUUCGGUUCUUGGACAUAUUCCGAAGAUUUGAUUAAUCUGGAAUUGCUUGACGACAACGUCCAUUACGAGCAAGAGGUCGACGAAAAUGGCGUUGCUUAUAACAUAACUGUUGCAGACGACGGAAUAGAUCUCUCCGACUACUAUCCUUCCGUGGAAUGGGAUAUCAUGUCAAGAGUGGGUAUCCGUCGCUCAAAAAAUUACCCGAGUUGCUGCAAUGAUAGUCCAUAUGUCGACGUUACGUAUUACUUGAAUUUACGACGGAAGCCUUUAUUCUACACAGUAAAUUUGGUGUUUCCGUGUGUCGGUAUAUCAUUCCUGACAAUUGCUGUUUUCUAUCUACCAUCGUACUCUGGCGAGAAGGUUUCGAUGUGCAUAUCAAUUGUGGUCGCAUUGACUAUGUUCAUUCUAUUGCUCACUGAAAUCAUACCGGCAACUUCGAUAACACUACCACUGAUAGGGAAAUAUCUCCUGUUCACAAUGGUGAUGGUUACCUUAAGCGUGUUUGUUACUGUUGCAUCAUUGGACGUGCACUUUCGCACACCGAAAACCCAUUCCAUGCCAAAAUGGGUGAAAGUUGUAUUUCUCAACUGGCUACCGAAGAUUUUGUUUAUGCGACGGGUCGAGGACAGAAAUAAUUCCAAAAAGGCUACUUUGGACAAGAACUAUGAGCUUACAUCGCUUGAGGGUAAAAUCCCCUUGAAUUACCAUGUGCACCGCUUCAGCAAUGAUGCUCCGGUGGAUGAGAGAAUACAGAAGCUCUACAAAUCGCCGCAGGUGACGGAACUGCUCAAAAGCAAUGAACGCGAUGAUAAGGUCGAUGAAGAUUGGAAUUUUGUUGCUAUGGUAUUAGAUCGACUUUUCCUUUUCAUCUUUGCUGGCGCGUGCUUUUCCGGCACCAUGAUGAUACUACUGCAGGCACCAACGCUGUACGACUACAGAAAACCUAUAGACUUGCAGUACCGGCCAGCUAACCUAAGUGGUAUUUUCUGA